UAUCUCAAUUGGUAUCUUACAGAAGGCACACUUAACUUAAAUCCAGAAAUGAGAUCGGACUAUUUAACGAUUAUUUGUGUGUUGUUCUACAUUCAUAUUGUUACGAGAGAAGUAACUGCUAUCGAUGCGUGCUCGCACAUAAGUUCUGUUUCCAAAUAUUCCACCAACUGUAUUAGUAUUCUUGCUGUACUCAAUAAUACCGUACAUACACAUACAGAUGUUUGCCAGAUAUACAAUGAAGUAGGUAGAUGUAUUCAGUUACUUGCUGUUAAAAAUGGCGACACAUGUGAAAUGCAGAGUCUUCAUACAACAUUUACCAAGAUGGCGACAUAUUAUACGAAUGAUUGGUUGACUGCACUGGACACGCAAUCGUGUCAAUUAGAAGAAGUUACUGAAUCGUUGUGUACAUCUCCUGAUCGUCUUGGACUGAUAUCUGCUAUUGGUUGUUUUCCUCCUAUCAUUGGAGGAUCCCUCACACAUUCCAACUAUUAUAUUUGUUCAUUAGUUUCCAGUUUAGAAGUAUGCACAGAUCAGUUCACAAACAUGUUGGGUGAAAGUCACUGUGAAGAUGGUAAAAUUAAAGAUGCCCUUCAGUCUUCGACAGCCAAACAGUGGAUUCAGGAUAACUACCCAAAAGUCAACCUAGAUGAAUGUUUCAAAGUGUAUCAACCAGGUCAACCUGGUGGCGAUUCAGAGUGUAAAGAUUUUAUAUACAUCUCUAAACAUACACAAGAUGCAAUGGCAAUCAUGUACCUUAGCAAUAUUACGGUCGUGAGCCAGGGUGUAUACUGCAAAAACUUUUACUACGCAAUGCAUAUGCUUCAGCACGAAAUGAGCAAAGCUGGUCACACGUGUACUGUGCCAGAACUGCAGCCGGAAUUUUCUAAGAUUCUGGGUUACCAAGGAGUUAAACCGUCCACACUAUCGGCAUGUCAAGGUCAAAUGCAGAAAACGACCGACGACUUCUGUCAGGAUGAGGCUGGGGUACUACAAGUCAUGGCACGUGAGCCUUAUUGCAGACCAUACCUCGAAAAUAUGAAAGAUCCUAAAAAUGAUAAGUGCAUGAUGGCGAGACAGUUUGCUCUCUGUUCUGAGACAAGAUUACAAUAUGCUGGUUUUGACUGCAGUAAAACAAUCCUCAGCACAACUAACAUCGGCCAAUAUGUACAGACCAACUAUGGGAUUUCACUUUCAUCCUGCUAA